AAGUAUAUAGAUUUCUUUUUUCUGUAAUUAACCGAUUAAAACUUUUUCUUAUAACUUGUUAUUUGAACCAUUUUCAAUAUCGAUUACAUCUUGAAUUUCAUUCUGCCGAGGCUUAGACAAUAAUGCUGCUAGUCGGAGGUAGUGCUGAUAACGAGUAUCAUUGAUAUUUUGGAUGGCUAAAAACUAUUCUAAAGAGAUGACAAUAAAUCUACAGCAGGGCAGAGACUGUGCUCUCCUGUUUACUGCACUCAUCAAAGUUUUCAACUGUACUUUCUAUUCUGAGGUAACACAUGAUUAAAGCUAGACAAUACAGAAGCACAAAGUUUAAUGCACAAUCAAUUAAACGGAGCAUAUACGUGUAGUUCGCUAUACGCAGGUCUAUGCAUUGUGAUGCGAUUGUGCGCGGGUCAAGGUGUUCGAGUGAAAGUACAAAAUAUCAGCAACCACAGAAUAAAUCUUUUAUAAGAAGCUAGGCGGACGUUUGUAUAGAAUUAUUGCGCCAAACGUGCGAUUAUGCGAAGGUACAAUGUGAUGUUAUCGUUCCUCAACGCAUCUGAUAACUGUAACAAUUUCCUUUUACCUCAGAAAUUGUUUCCCGAAGUACUAUGCAGCAGAUGCUUUACAAAUAAGUCGAUAUCUCCUGUCAUCGUAUUUUUUGCAGCAUCAGCGACUUUCUAAAGUAUGCACGAUGUACAUAAAAUAAACUCUGAUAUUUGCAAAAAAAAAAUUUAAAAAGAAUGAUGAUUGUUCUGUGAAUAAUUACGAGCUCUAGAAGCCAAACAGACGAGAAACAGUAUGGGAACUUGAUCCAUGAAGGCAGACUACUCAUGGAUCAGCAAUCAUGACUCAGCUUCAGCAUCUGCGAUUUACCUAUACGACAAACUUUCACUAUUCAUAUCUCAUUAUGCCAGCAGAUAGUCAUUCAAACAAAUCCCCAUCUUCCAGAUAUGCUUGAUUGCUCUUGAAACUCGAAGACAAAUCGCAGACGUGCGCUUCAGCAGCGCGGCGUAAUGAGAUGGGAUGCGAGAGGUGAGACGAGACGAAGAUGAGCGAGACGGUUUUCAGGUUGGAUCGGGGGCCCUCUUCUUGAUUUCUGCACAAGCGCAACCAGCCCGCAUACCAGUCCAACCAUGAAGGAAUAGAAAGAAACUGUUCGCCGCGAAAUCCAACGAAACCGCGAAAGAUAUGAUGAUGUCGAGGAUUGCGAGAGAUGGACGCGACGCGAUGGGACUUUUACCUGGUCGCGAAAAGCUGAAAAGUCUUUCCUAUGAGAGAAAGACAGAGAGAAAGGGACGGGAACGGUGAAGCAAGGCGAGCCGGUGAUCGCGUCGUAGUGGGACCAACUAAGUUACCUGGAUCGACAACGGAUACUUUUCUCAGCAGUAACCAUCAAGACACCAUGACGACACGAUCACUCGCAUCGUCUCCAGCGCGACGACCAUCUGCGAUCGGUCUGAUUACCGCGUUUCUUUUUAUCGUAACCGCACAAUUAUGUAGCGGAGCGUAUUAUGGGAAACUGAUCAGCAAGCUGUCUGAAUUCCAUCAUGGUGUGAGUGGAGAAGUUUACGCCGUCGACGCAAGGACGUUAUUUAUCAAGGAUUUUACUUACGAUGGCGAAGGUCCAGCCGCUUUCUUUUACGCUGGUAGCAGCAAAGCUCCUGGUAACAAUGGGUUCCGAGUGCGAGACGAACGUGGAACCACGAACGUCCUUAAGCGGUACCGUAAGAAGGACAUCACCCUGACCUUACCGGAUGGCAAGACUUUGAACAAUAUCAAAUGGUUUUCGGUUUGGUGCGACGAAUUCUCAGUAAACUUUGGUGACGUCAGGAUACCGCGAGGCUUCGAUUAUCCGAAACCACAGAAGUUAAAAGCGUUAAGCGGUAUACACGGCGUCAGUUCGGAACCGGUCGUCAUCGUAGACGCUCAAACUCUUCUAAUACCCAGCUUUAGUUACGAUGGAGAAGCGCCUGAUGCCAAGUUCUGGGUGGGUGUCGGCCCGUCACCCUCGUCGCAGGGUAUUCGCGUACCCGACGAAAAUGGAAAAGAGCAGCCGUUGCGUCGUUACAGCCGCAAGACGAUCGUUCUGACGUUACCGGAUGACCUGACCGUGCACCAACUCGGUCAUUUCGGAGUGUGGUGUGAGGCCUUCGCCGUGGACUUCGGUCACGUGCAAAUUCCGCAGGCUCUGAAUGUACCGCCGUCCUUGAAAAUGCUAGGAGUUUCGCCGCAGUCGAAACUUAACUGCGAAGUUCUCGAAGAUAGUUUAGCUUUCGAGGUGCGAUGGGCCGUAGCCGGCGACAGCAUAGUUGUUCAGCUUGUUGCAAAACUUGAUGCCGGGCAAUAUAUGUCUUUCGGAGUGUCCGCUGAUACGGAGAAGAGCGUUAUGAUCGGUGGAGACGUCGCCGUAGCUUGGGUCGACAAACAAACGUUGCAAGGAUAUGCCACUGAUUACUUCUUGGACGCGAAAUCCCAAUGCUCGGGACGCCGAGGCAGCUGUCCGGAUAAGCGCAUACAGGAAAACACGGACUCGGUGCGAUUAUUAAACGCGGCAAUGGUGAACGGCUACAGCAUCGUCACGUACCAGCGGCCGCUAAAGGCCAGCGACGAAUUGGACCGUCCAAUACUGACGAAUCGAUCGCAAGCCAUAAUCUGGGCCAUCGGUCCGCUAAAUGAGCGACAAGAAGUCAGUUUUCACAGCAACUAUUUGAAUACCGAUCGAUUUAUCGACUUUAGUAGGCCACCCGCGUGGAAUUGUCCCAUGCCCGAUCAAGAGCAGACCUCAUCUUCUAACGACACUAACGAAACUGCUGGAAGCAGCAAUGCUCAGUUGGUUGUUACAACGAGAAGACCGCAACGUCAACCGGCGACUCCUGCACCGGCUUCUACGAACGACGCUUGGGACAUACCGCCGAUUCAGUGCUGGGAACCGGAUGAUGGUGUUCUCUAUGCGCAAAUUGGUCCCACUGGAGGCAAACACGGCUAUCCGGCCAUUACCGGUCACGUCGGCUGGGGAAUCUCUUGGUACAUUAACGGAUUACUGAUACCUGUGAUUAAUGUGGUUCGGGGCAAAAGAUACACUUUCGUCGUAGAAGGAGGCUACGAAUCGGAGUAUCCGGCGCGUUAUCAUCCGUUUUAUAUCACGGAUGAUCCGAUAGGCGGUUACCAGCACAAGACACCCGAAGAGAAAGCGAAAGUGAAAAUAUUUGCUGGUGUGCGCCGGCAACGCAACAAUGUUAUCCCCACAGGCGUUGGUCGCCUCUGCAAUUGGAUACACGAUCAGAAUAAACCAGAAGCAGACGACUUUGCGACUUUUGGAGGUUUUCAGCGCACUCUGACCCUCGAAUGCGAUCACGGUGAGCCCGGUAUCGUGGAAUGGACGCCCGAUGAAAAUACGCCAGACACAGUGUAUUAUCAGUGCUUCAGUCACCGUUAUCUAGGCUGGAAGAUCAACGUUCUGGACAGCUGCGACAACCCUGACGAGGCAUCUUCGGCGGCCAGUGAGAAGCACGAAGUGUACGCGGCACCGCCGAAGGGCCAUCAAGCGGCGAGUCAGGAUAUGGAAUACGGUGCCAGCGUAGCCAUAACGAGCAAGGUAAUGCCACCGGUGGAGUUUCUUCAUCAACAGCAUGCUCAUCAUUCUCAUCGCGAAUACAGUCAUCGUUAUCCUCAUCGUCAUUCAGCGACUAACCCCGCUGGCAAGUUAAACGUUUCAUAUCACCGCCAUCCGCAGCUACUAACGAACGCAGCCAAUAACAAAUUUGAUCGCUUGCAAUCAUCAUCAUCGUCGUCGUCGUCGUCGUCCGAGAAAUCGUCGUACGAUGACGCGACCAACAUGAUCACGCCUCAUCGUUCCUACGAGGGGCGUCCAAAGGAUCACAUUGACGAAGACGCUUCACAACAGCAACAACAGCAACAACAGGACCAAAUGACCGCUCAUGAACAAUCAUCAUCCCUUUAUACCGAUCAUCUGGAGCUCGCGCGGGAGAUUCCGCAUCAAACUUCUGCCACUAACCAGCAAUUGUCUAACCUCGUUGCAGAUCACCAACGACCGUCAUUGAUUCACGGAACCAAGUUCCCCUACGUAGCGACGAUCGGCGGCAAUGCGUACUCCCGAGCGCCGCAUUAUUACCCGAGCAAUCACCACGUUCGCCUUCAGCUUCCUCUGCCUUUUCCUCGUUAUCAUCAACAUCAGCCCGAACCGCCAAGGACCCAACUGAUGAUCAUCCGCCGUCCGGUGCCACUAACACGCAAUCCGAUGUUGCAGACGUUGCAGGCCGCUACAAACGCACUGUCACUGCCGUUCUCAUUCCCCUUCUCAUUUUCCUUCUCGUCGUCGCCGCGGCCGAUCCUCAUUGAGCGCAAGAAAUCCAUAUACCGGCCGCUACCGAUCACGAGCACGUUGAAAGUCAGCACCGACAAAUCGGUGUCCGUUGCCAGUCCGCCGUUUGAGAAAUUUACCGCGAAGAUCGACGCAAAGUCACGCGCGAAACUUGAGGCGAAAGUAGGAUCGGAGGAUAUCUCCGACAACCUCAUGAGUUCUUCACGAACGGUAUUGAAGCCGGCGCGCAACACCGGCUUCGAUCCCGACUCCAUCGUCAUCGAGGGUGGUUUCAAGCCGAUCAUUAGGAACGUCGUCGAUAGAGAGCCGGAUGUCGCGCAGAAAAGAAUUUCGAUGGAAGACGCAUGGCAGGACGAAGUGUUUCGAAAGACCUCGGAUUAUCAAACGAUCGACGAGUUCUCACCCGUUUUCGUACCGUCGUCGCCGGUGACAUCCGUGAUCGGUGACGACGAUCGGAAACAGCGCAAGAAAACGUCGCAGCUCGCGCGCUUCUCGUCGCAGCUGGAUGACCUCGACGAUAUGGAGACGGCGGCCGAUAUCAGAUUGGACACUUACUACUUGCCGCCGAUCGGGAAAACUAGGCCGGAGCAGCUACCGCCUUCGUCCUCCGGUGUGUUGAUUACUUACGACGGCAAGAAACUGAAGGAUUCCAUCAGUCUGACUAGAUCCAUCACCGACAUCGAUCACCGUAGCAAGGGCCGGCUCACCUCGGACAUCCUUAGCAGAACGCCGCAAUUCGGUACGUUCCAGGGCGAACUUCCGCCGCUGAUCCCCGGAGAGAUACGCGCCAACAGCUCGACGUACGGCAGAAAGCACCAACUCCUGCCGAAAACAAGUACGCGGCUCACAUUGGUGGAGCGGUCGAAGAGAUCGCCGAUGUCCAGCGUGGAUUUUCAGCGGGACAGUUUGAGCAAUUACGAAGAUAAUCGAGAACGCGAGCGGAUCGACGCGGUCAGCGGUAGCGGAGACACACGCCUCGGCGGCUUCGGAUGGAUUAUGCUAAUCACAACGGCGGCGUAUCUGGCAAUUUGAAGGAUCGCGAUGACAACUAUCAUCCGCUGAAGGUAAAUUGCGUCCUCCACGGAAAGCCAGAAGAAUUUGAGGCGUUGAUCGUCUCGCGCGUGGCUCGCGCGGUAUACAAUUGUUCGGAAAUAAUGAACAGUAUAGUCCAACCGUGUUAACACCCCGGGGGAAGGCAUUACUAACCACGAGAAAAUCACUGGUUUCCUAUACAGUAGUACAAUCUGCCUGUCAGCUCGCGCCUCGCGUCUGGUAUCUCCGUUUUCCCCAUCUGCUUUCAUCGUGUUCUUCGCAUAACGACUGCGCUCUAACUAUCCAGGUAAAUAGUUUUUUUUUUUUAGACAACCGAAUUUCAAGUAGAGGAAAAAAGAGAUAAUUUUAGCCAUGAGAUAUUGUCGUUCAUUAACAUUUACACCGUGAUUGCAUUUCUGACGAAAAUCGCAACGAUUGAAAUUAGAGCAUUUUAAUUCAACAAUUAUGGUGGUGUUAAAAAGUCAAUCAUAGCGUAAACAUUAAUAAGGGAUAAAUGUAUCCCAUGGUUGAAACGACCUCUUUUUCUUUUACAUGAAAAUAUAGUAGACGUUUUUUAUUCCUAGACAUUUUUAUGAUUUUUUAGGAAAUGAGUUUUUUAAAUAUUUACUAUUCAUAUAUAUAUUUGCAAGCGUAAAAGUAUCUUUUUAUAUCCUUUAUUAUCUUUUUCUGUAUUAGAGAGUGGAUAUUAGAUCCGGUAUUAGAUUAAGAAGUGCAAUCCAUGUUUAGUAUCGAAAUUCUAGAGUAUAUAUAGAGAAAUAUAUAUAACAUUUGAAUCACUAUACUUUCUAAUAUUAUAUAUAAAAAGUUAUGCCGGCUUACGACUGGCACGGGAGGCGUUUGAAGUAACAGGUAUUUGUUGAAUUUUGCUGGCAUAUUUGUAAAUAAGUUAAAGCAAUUGUUAAUAAAGGUAAUCUUGACACAAGUUUUCAAGAUGUUCUACGUAUUGUCCUAUCAUAAAACUUUUUGGCACAAAUUUAAAAAUACUUAUCCAUAAUAAAAUACAAUAAGACGAGAUGCGUGCGAAUGCGAUAUCAAGCACCGUUUUAUUGCAUAGAAUAAAAAACAAAUCUUACAAAACAAUCAACACGCAAUGUUAAAGUCGUGCCAGCGCACGAAAAUAAUAAUAACAGCGUACCUGUCAUCAUUAAUAACGCAGAGCCAUUUGUCACACCAGUUGUUAUAAACGAGGAAAAAUGAUAAUUCGCACGCAUGAUCUUCGACAAAGCGCAUAAUCUGUUGUCCAUCGUGUUCGCGAUAAUUCGUACUUACACUUUUGCGUAAUGCUACACACGGAUUCCGUUUAAGUACGAGGAAGAAAAAUAGAAAUUAUCACUUGUGUAAAAAUUAUUCUCCAAAGUCUUAUCAACCUGCAAAAAUGUAAGCAUAAAACACACACACGCGUACCCAAGCACAUCUAUAUCCACACGCAUUUCCUGCACGUUCAUUAGCGUAUACUGUUCACGAUGCAAAAAUUGCGCUUUGUAAUUUGUGUUUGAUCAUGCGAGUCCUGUCGAUAUUACGUGUAGUUUCAAUUAGCAAUCUCAGUCAUUGCAACAUCGUAUCAUAAUGUCAGAAACCAAAAAACGAUAUCUUUCUUUCACAAUUUGCAAUAUUAAUGAAAAAGUUUUUACAAUAUCGGUUUUAUGAUUCACCAAAAACCUUGGGACAGAAAUAAUUGUGUUUUAAUUCAUAAGUAGUCAUAAAAGUAAAAGUUGAUUUUUGCGGAAAGUAUACAAGAUGUUCACAAGAGGAACAUAUUGAGAUUAAACAUUUACAUGUGUGAAAGAAGAAUGUUUUAAAUACAUUUUACAAGCCUAUCCAUGAACAGGGUCAUAUAACAUAUAAAACAGUCCUUUUAUUUCCAUGUACAUCACAAAAUGCGUAACUUUUCGCUGCUGACAUAAUUUAAUUGAUGACUAAUCGAAAAGGUAUGUAUAGGUAGAUAGAACACAUAUCAAACGGCUAAACGAUAGAACACUUCAAACGCGAGGAUUACUAUUUUUAAUACAUAUAAUCGACAAUAUAUUUACAUGUAUAUAUAUAUUACAGAAUACGUUACGCCUUAUUAAUCAUACAAAUAUAAUGAUAGGUUUGAACACUCGAUUAUUAUUUCUACAAUUUCCGUUAAUAUACAGAUCUUACACCCGCAAGACGUACUCUUCUCCUCGGUGAUAAAAUUCAUUCUUAUACUAUUCUAAAUAAUAUUGCAUAUUGUUGCCGUAUACUAUUGCAUAUAUAAAUCGGUCGAUUUAAUUAGGAUUUCAUUCCGUAUUGUGUUCCGACUUUUCAACAUAUUAGCUACGAAUACAUUUGUAAAACAUAUCACACCACCUCUCGAAAAAGCAACGGGGAAGAGUGUUUUUCGGAUGAAUAAAUGUUAUAAUUUUA